AUGCUUCCUAAGACAACUUACACGCACACCCUCGUUGGCAUGGCGUGUCUCGUUCCUCAAGCAACCGCCUUUUUUCGGCUACCCUGCUCUUACUCCGCAGUGGUCGAGCGCGCCGACCCCAUCAUGGACCCAGGCACCGUGUCUAAUCACCUACAUGCCGUCAUGGGCUCCAACGCAUUCAACUUUACCCUCGAUUACCCUACCACUCAGAUGGCUACCUGCUCGACCUGCAAAGUGAUUGAGGACAAGUCCAGCUAUUGGGUUCCGUCUCUGUUUUACCGCGCCCAGAACGGUAGUUUCGUCCGCGUGCAGCAGUCAGGCGGUGCUCUCAUCUACUACCUCCAACGAACGGACCAGAAGGAUCCCGAGUUUGACAAGGGACUCAUUGCGUUCCCAGAAGGGUUCCGCAUGGUCGCGGGUGAUAUGAUGAAUCGAAAUGACAGCAACCCAGAAUCACUGGCCCAAAAAGCCGUCUCCUUCGUCUGCCUCGGCGUUAACGGGCCCGCAUCUCCAAAGUUACCCAAACAGAACUGUCCCAAUGGCCUGCGUACCCAGCUCAUCUUCCCCAGCUGCUGGGACGGCCAUAAUCUAGACUCGGAAGACCACAAAUCCCACAUGGCUUAUCCCACCGGCGUCGACUCUGGAUCUUGUCCUUCCACUCAUCCGAAACGAUUUAUCACCAUCUUUUACGAAGUGACCUGGAGCGUCGACGCAUUCAAAGACGAGUGGUACGACAAGACCAAACAGCCCUUCGUCUUCUCGCACGGCGACCCGGAAGGGUUCGGCUACCACGGCGACUUCCUCAACGGGUGGGAGGUGGAGGUGCUCCAGAGGGCCAUCGAGGAUUGCACGGCCUCUAGCGGGGUCAUUGAAGAGUGCAGUGCCUUCACUUUUUGGAAAGACGAGGAAAUGGCGGGCUGCAAGGUGCUGCCGCGGGUGAAUGAGCCGGUGGAUGGUGUCCUAGCGGCGUUGCCGGGGUGUAAUCCGGUUCAAAACGGGCCGGAGCCUGCGGUUCUGCAGAAGGAUUGCGGGGCCGUGACAGAGAUUGGGGACCCGGUGCUCCCGUUCACCGACUUGAGCAAGACUCUAAAUUGGCGAUACGUGGGAUGUGCUAAAGAUCCGGCGGGACAGGGCCGGACGCUGGAUGGCCCAAGUGAUGAUCGAGCCGACAUGACGGUGGACUCUUGCGUCGAGUUUUGCGACAGCAAGGGGUUCAACUACGCUGGGUUGGAGUACAAGAGUCAGUGUUUCUGUGGGAAUGGCGUGGCCCAGGAUCGAAUGCCGGCGAACGGCACCACGGGAGAGUGCGAUUACCCCUGCGCUGGCGAUGCGAAGCAGAUUUGUGGCGGUUAUGGCCAGGUUUCUGUCUAUCUUAGGUGCGACGAGGGCAACUGUAGGAAUGCGGAUUUGACAAAGUUGUGGUGA